AUGUCGACCUUACCUCCCCAUCCCGCCGACUGCGUCCCCUCCGCCGUCGUGAUAACCACGUCCAUCGUAGCGUUCAUAACCGGCUUUGGUCUAGGCGUCUACUCCAUCCGCGGCUGGCUGUUCUUCUCUCCUGAACUGCGUGCCGAGCGUGAAGCGAACGAAAAAGACCCCGUUGAAAGCGAGGAAUCCGACAUCGACGAGAACGAUACCCUACUCGAUCAUGCGCCAAACUGGGCUAAUGGGCCCGAAGCGGAUCGCAGGCAGGGGCUUAGUGCCAGGGCUGGUUCGGCGGCAGUGGUGAGGCAGCCGCAAUUGCAGGGAUUUGAUCCACGGGAGGAGUGCAAGCUGGUGUUGGUGGUUAGGACGGAUUUGGGGAUGACGAAGGGAAAAAUCGCCGCGCAAUGCUCGCACGCCACCCUCGCUUGCUACAAGACUCUAUACCGUCUCGCUCAGCGCGACCCUGAGUGUGCGCACGCUCGAAUGCUUACCAACUGGGAGCGGCAUGGGCAGGCGAAGAUUGCUGUGCAAGUCAAGUCAGAAGAGGAGCUGCUCAACCUGCAGGCGCGCGCACGGCAGCUGGGGAUUACGGCUGAGGUGAUUCAGGAUGCCGGACGGACGCAGAUCGCGAGCGGGAGUCGGACUGUGUUGGGCGUCGGGCCGGCCCCGAAGAGCAUGGUGGAUAUGGUUACUGGGGGGUUGAAGCUGUUGUGA